AUGACGUUAGUGGACAUCCCAGAAAACGUGUUUUUGAUCAACAAAAAGGCAUUCAAAAAUUUCACAAAUCUCUCUGAAAUAAAGUUGUCAUCUAACAUCGAGUUUAUCGGCGCUGAAGCAUUCGCAAAUUGCUUUAUGUUAAAUGAAAUUGAAAUUCCAAAUAAGGUGACUGAAAUUGGUACGUUGGCGUUUCAAAAUUGUUUUAAUUUGUCGUGGGUUAAAUUGUCACUAAAUCUCAAAUACUUGGGAACUUUAGCAUUUGAUAACUGUGAGGAACUAGUAGAAAUUGAUAUACCUAACAGUCUUGAUUAUUUAAGUGAAGGACUUUUUUUGGGGUGUGCAAAAUUGUCUAAAAUUGAUGUUCCAAAUUCUAUCACUUCAAUUGGGAAAUAUACAUUUUUUAAUUGUGGCGUAUUAAAUAACAGUGGAGAAGCUGAGGAAAUUAAAAAAGUAAUUGAAAAUAAUUUUUAA